AUGAGUUGGAGUCUCCAGGGGGCCCGGCAGGCUAGAAAUAUGUUAGCAGGAAGCGGGAGGGCUGCGGGGAGCAGCCGAGCUAAGGGAGACAGAGAGGCGGGAUGUGGUAGGGGCUCAGAGCGGGUGGCCCCGGUCCAGUCAUUUGGGGGGCUCUUCAACCUUCGAGCCAGUGACAUCCCCUAUAACCCCUUCUUCUAUUCCUACACACUGCUCACAGACUCUUCUAUCAGGUUGUUUGCAAACAAGAGUCGCUUUAGCUCUGAAACCUUGAGCUAUCUGAACUCCAGUUGCACAGGCCCCAUGUGUGUGCAAAUCGAGGAUUACAGUCAAGUUCGUGACAGCAUCCAGGCCUACGCAUUGGGAGAUGUGAGGAUCUGGAUCGGGACCAGCUAUACCAUGUAUGGGAUCUAUGAAGUGAUACCCAAGGAGAAACUCGUGACAGAUACCUACUCCCCAGUGAUGAUGACCAAGGCAGUGAAGAACAGCAAGGAGCAGGCCCUCCUCAAGGCCAGCCACGUGCGGGACGCUGUGGCUGUGAUCCGGUACUUGGUCUGGCUGGAGAAGAACGUGCCCAAAGGCACAGUGGACGAGUUCUCGGGGGCAGAGCUCGUGGACAAAUUCCGAGGAGAAGAACAGUUCUCCUCUGGACCCAGUUUUGAAACCAUCUCUGCUAGUGGUCUGAAUGCUGCCCUGGCCCACUACAGCCCGACCAAGGAGCUGAACUGCAAGCUGUCCUCAGAUGAGAUGUACCUGCUGGACUCUGGGGGGCAGUACUGGGACGGGACCACAGACAUCACCAGAACAGUCCACUGGGGCACCCCGUCUGCCUUCCAGAAGGAGGCGUACACCCGUGUGCUGAUAGGAAAUAUUGACUUGUCCAGGCUCAUCUUUCCUGCUGCUACAUCAGGGCGAAUGGUGGAGGCCUUUGCCCGCAGAGCCUUGUGGGAUGCUGGGCUCAAUUAUGGUCAUGGGACAGGCCACGGCAUUGGCAACUUCCUGUGUGUGCAUGAGUGGCCAGUGGGAUUCCAGUCCAACAACAUCGCCAUGGCCAAGGGCAUGUUCACUUCCAUUGAACCUGGUUACUAUAAGGAUGGAGAAUUUGGGAUCCGUCUCGAAGACGUGGCUCUCGUGGUAGAAGCAAAGACCAAGUACCCAGGGAGCUACCUGACCUUUGAAGUGGUAUCAUUUGUGCCCUAUGACCGGAACCUCAUCGAUGUCAGCCUGCUAUCUCCCGAGCAUCUCCAGUACCUGAAUCGCUACUACCAGACCAUCCGGGAGAAGGUGGGUCCAGAGCUGCAGAGGCGCCAGCUGCUGGAGGAGUUCAAGUGGCUUCAACAGCACACAGAGCCCCUGGCCGCCAGGGCCCCAGACACCGCCUCCUGGGCCUCUGUGUUAGUGGUCUCCACUCUUGCCAUCCUCAGCUGGAGUGUCUAGAGGCUCCAGACUACCUGGUAACCUUCCAUCUAGAUGGGGGGCUCCCUUGCUUAGAUGCCCUCACCCUGCACCGAACAUACCCCAAGGGUCCCUGCUGGCCCAUCACCUGGAAACCUUUGCAUUCAUCCUCCUUCUCCAAGACCAGGCCCCAGGAACACAGGGCUUCUUGGCCCCAGACGACACCUCCCUGCACCCCAGGGUUGUAUACUGCACCCUGGGCUCCUAACCCCAGGCCCCGAGAUAGGACAGCCAGCUAGUCUCUUCUCUCCUGUGAUCUCAGUAGGCCUAACCUAUAACCUAACACAGAUUGCUACAGCUGCUCCCCUCCCGCCAAACAAAACCCCAAGAGAGCAAUGCCCCUACCACCCCAGGGUGCCAUGGUCCCAGGAGAGUCCAAACCUAUCACCACCUGUUGGGUAUAGCCAGAACUUUUCCCACCCAGUCAGGGCAUGAAACAGCAACCCCCGACAUGUGAACCCAUCAUUCCUAAACCCUGGGUGGGCUCUAUGCCAAGUAACGGCAGAGGGAGUUAAGCCACAGGAAUUUGGCUGUGGAGUAGGAGGGAAUGCGGUGAGGCACUCUGGAAUAUGACCCUACCAGAGGUUGGAAAACAAACUUGGGCAGCUGGAGCACGUCACUAUUCUAGACUUCCCUGGCAUUCAAGGAGCCCUUUGAAUUUUCCAAAGUGCAGCCACAGCUACAAUGCUGUUAAAUCCUCCCACAUUCUUGGAUGCCCCUUCACCUUGUGUGGACAGUAUCUGGUUUCUCCAUUUUACAGACAGGAAAACUGAGCUUCAGACAGGGGAUGGGUUUUGCCCAAGGACACAUACAUUUGGUUGAGAGCUGAUGGGGCCGGAUGAACCAGCACUCCAGCUCUUUCACCCUUCAGCGUCAUGCAGAGUCCCUGAGCCCACCUCCCAGCCCUCUCCUCAUUCUCUGAACCCACUGUGGUGAGAAGAAUUUGCUCCGGCCAAAUUGGCCGUUAGCCACCUGGGUCCACAUCCUGCCAAGAUGUUUAAAACAGUCUAACAAAGACACUUGCCUCUGG